AUGGGCCACAUGGCUUUUUCCCAUAGUAACGUAAAUUCGGCCUGGGCAAAGGAACAAUUGGGGAAAGGAUGUAGACUUAUUCGGGAGCAAUGUUUGAGAGAGAGUGGAGCGGCGCCGGGGACUUGUCUAGUCCAAUUGCGCGGCAAUUUGUCAACUCCGAGCCCCCUCCGACAUGCGGCUGCACUCAGUCUCACGGGGAAGCUCCGAAAUAAACUAAAGCUAUAA